AUGCGGCUUCAGUUUUACAAAACAACGAUGGAACGACCAGAGCAGGCCAAAUCUUGGGUUUCCAUGCCAACAGUCAUGAUCACCAUCAUCAACCUUCUGUCCAUUUUUACAUUUUUACAUUUUGGCAAAGCAACCGGAAGGGAAAAACCCAUCCAUCCCCUUGAAACGGCUCGGCUAUGUGCAUUACACAACAUGUUUAUCAACUGGGGGUCACAAGCGAGGGCUGUUCAUACAAGCCAAGACCCUGUAUCCAGAGGCCAAAAAAUAUUAAUUCUUCCAAGGGAAAUAGAAACGACAAGAAAGAAAAAUCAGACCAAGACACCACUGGACAGACAGCCUGAAUCAAAAUCGGCAAAAACCAGCGAGGGCUCAGGGUUGCCCAAAAGAAAGAAUGUGGAGUGUCAUCUCCGACUUUCCGGGCGGCUAGUACCAAUCAAGGCUCAGGGUACCAGUUCGAUUUUAUGGAGACCCACCCUCACUCAACUCUUUUAA